AUGGAAAGGAACAACUCAGUUGAUGUGUAUCCGGUAACGGCCGCCGGUCUUCUGCUCCUGUUAACAUUGAUCGGUCCUAUCCUACGCCGGUGGUACUACGAGCUUUUCCUACGGCUGCACCAAGCACUGGCUGGCGGCGUGGCGGCGUGUACGAUCAUGCACCUACUGGCGAUAGCAUGGUCUUGGUGGCCGUUCUUGUAUGCGUAUGGGGGCCUCGUCAGCGCGCUCACGUUGUUUCAAUUGGGACGCACUAUCCUCUAUAACAAGCAGCUAGGGCUACCACUGCCACGUAUCGUCGUCACGAGCAGUCACGGCACCGUGAAGGCAGCGAUCACGGUGUCCAGGCCGCUGGUCAUCGACGCGGGCCAGUACGUCAAUAUCUGGGUUCCUUCGGUAUCCCUAUUCUCCAGCCACCCAUUCACCAUCACAUCCUGGUCGCCAUACCCAGUCCGGCGGUUCGAGCUGUUCAUCCAGCGCCGGCAAGGGUUCACUAGCCGCCUCCACGACCGGGCCGAGCUACACAGAGACAUGUCCGUCCAGUCGAGGAUGCUGUUCAGUGGCCCUCAUGGCUCAAGCCUGCGGGUCUGGGACUUUGAACAUGUUCUCUUCUUCGUGCAGGAUUUUGGCAUUACGGCCGCUCUUCCACACCUCCAAAAGCUCGUGCAUGGACGAGCGCGGGGCCAGCGCAAGACAAGGCGCGUCCACGUACUAUGGCAUGUCAACAAUAUUGGUAUAAGGCGUGCUGUGACGUUGGGUGCCUCGCUGACUACUGUAGACGCACGGCAGGCUGUCACGCCGACCAUCAAUGAUCUAUUCCACACAGACGGCGCAGGAGAAAGCUACAUCUUCCACGUGUCUAUUUACAACGGUAUUGAAAUGGAAACAGAGACCUCGAGCCACGGACGCUUCACGAUCCACCCAGGGGUGCCUAACGUCUGGGAGAUCCUCAGCGCGGAAGCGAAUUUAAGAGAACAGCAGGUGACAGAGGGCCGGACGACCACCGACGCGGUGCAAGAAAGCUCGGCGCUAGACACAUCCCGAACCGUCUCGGCCAAGGGAGCGUUGCGUGACGAGGUCCGCCUCUCUCUCCGCGGAUUCCUUUCGAAGGGGUUCGAGUUACAAGAUCUUGAUUUUCAGCCUGUUUGA